AUAAUUUCUCUUUGCUUACACACCUUAUCUGUUUCAUAAGAUCAUAAAAGGUAACAGUAAAUGAGCAAUAAAUUUACAUAUCUUCUAUACUUAAAUAUCUGUAGUUUUAGACAGAGGAUCUAUCUGUAAUUAACAUUACUACCAAGUUUUCCCAUGUCAACACAAAUUUUACCAAACACAGUCUUAGUGAUCAAUAAUGAAACAAAUGUGAAUUUGUAAUUGGGUCUUCGCAAUUGGGAUGUUAAACAUUCUGUGGUCAUAAUGAAAAAUUUGAUCAUGCGAUUAAACAUUUGUAUUCUUCAAACCGUUAUAUGAUUAGCAUUUGUAGAGGCACUCAACAUUAAUACACAAUAUAACUCGCGCAAUGACUUUUAGAAUUCUGUUUUGUUUGUUUCGGUACAAAGAAUUGUAUUUUAUGUCAUGGAAGAAAGAAGGUAAAAGAAAGAUUUUGCAUGGUCUUGAAGGCUUACGUUGAAUUCACGAUAUGUAUUUUUUUUUCUUCAAAAAAGCUUAAAUUAGAAUAAAACAUGAUUUUAUCGUGGGAUUUUCUUGACGUGUAUGUAGGUGCCUUGAGAGAGAAAAAAAAAUAUGAUUUAUAAUAUGACAUAAUAAAAAAAAAUAGAAACAAAUAAAAAGAAUCACUUAAGUGUUUGUAAAUUAUAAGUAUCCAAAUAUUAUUAUAGAAUUACUUAUAUUUUAAUAUCAACAAUUUUUGUGGAGUUAAGAGUUCAUGUCUAUACUUAUUCUCUAAUCUAAUUAAAAAAAAUAGAAGAAAUAGAUAAUCCAGAAAGAAGAGAAAAAUAAAGAUUUAAUGAAAAAAAAAUUAAGCUAUUAGGACAAAUCUUUGGAGAACCAUUUUCCUCCUCCCAUUUUAUCAUCCAAAUUUGUCAAAAAGAAAAGCUAUUGGUCAAGUCCAAGCACUACAAUAUUUGCGUUGCAGUGAAUCAAAUCCCUCUCUUACCGCCUUACACACUCCAACUAUAUGCUCAUUUUAGUGACUGUUUCUAAGUAGUAUUAUCCAAAAACUGCGCGCGUUAAAUGCAUUAAACACCCUCCACUCCUUUCCUUCAUCAUCACCACCGUUUAUUCAUCACAAGACACUUAAUCAACGGCCAACAACGGUUCUGAUCCGUCCUCGCGAGACAAGCAUGGGACCGUAACUUCGCUCGCGAUUCUUUUCCCUCCAUAUGCUUCUUCAGUAACCGCAAUUUCAUAAAUCAUGAAAAGUCGGUUAUAAACGAAGUCUCUGGAAAACGCGAGCGCGAUUCUUCCAUCGAGAGAUGAAGCUCCUUGCAUUGAGUUCCGCGGCCCGGCGAGCUCUGCUCAAUGGCCGCAACUGUAACCGCCACGGUUCGGCGGCGGUGAGGCCGUUUGCGGCGGUGGAGACGAGGCUCCUCUGUGCUGGCGGCGGGAACGGAAGGUUCUUCUACUGGAAGAGGACGAUGGCUUCGCCGGCGGAGGCGAAGAUGCCGGAGAAGGAGAAGGAUAAGGAGGAGACUGAGAAGAGCGUGGCGGAGUCGAGUUAUUGGGGAAUUUCGAGGCCGAGGGUUGUGAGAGAAGACGGAACGGAGUGGCCUUGGAACUGCUUCAUGCCGUGGGAGACUUAUCGACCAAACUUGUCUAUAGAUCUUACUAAGCAUCACGUGCCAAAGAAUUUUCAGGAUAAAGUUGCUUACAGGACAGUGAAGCUUCUCAGAAUUCCAACUGAUGUGUUUUUUAAGAGACGUUAUGGUUGCCGAGCAAUGAUGCUGGAAACAGUUGCAGCUGUUCCUGGUAUGGUAGGAGGGAUGUUGUUGCACCUGAAGUCACUUCGUAAGUUUGAGAAUAGUGGUGGUUGGAUCAAAGCAUUGCUCGAGGAAGCAGAGAACGAGAGAAUGCACCUGAUGACUAUGGUGGAACUUGUGAAACCUACAUGGUACGAAAGACUGCUGGUUCUUGCUGUACAGGGAGUGUUCUUCAAUGCGUUUUUCGUACUUUACAUACUCUCCCCAAAGGUGGCUCAUAGAAUAGUUGGGUAUCUUGAGGAGGAGGCUAUACAUUCUUACACCGAGUAUUUGAAGGAUCUUGAGAGUGGUGCAAUUGAAAAUGUUCCUGCUCCUGCCAUUGCAAUAGACUAUUGGAGGCUUCCCAAGGAUGCCAAAUUGAAAGAUGUUAUAACAGUCAUUCGUGCUGAUGAGGCUCACCAUCGAGAUGUGAACCAUUUUGCUUCUGAUAUCCACUUCCAAGGUAAAGAACUGCGGGAGGCACCAGCUCCUAUUGGUUAUCACUAGGUCUUUACUGCCUCGAAUAUGAAAUUACCCCUUUGGUGUGCAUUUAGAAACCUAGAAGUGCAAAUUUGCUUGGUACAGAAUUCCUAUUAUUCAAUCAUACUGUUGGACUUAGCAGUUAUACUAUAUAUUACCAAUGAUUCUAUGAUACAACCUCGCUUGAACAUGUUUAA